AUGACAUUGAAUCAAGACGAAGCUCUGUCCAGCAAGGACACUGUCUCUAUCGAUAAAGAUAUGGGCGCUGUGGCCAUUACGGAUGUUUCGAGCCCCGCAAGUCUCCAAACAUUCGAGUCCGAUGAGCUCUUUCUUCACUCAUGGCGUCUGGCGGCUGUCAUCGGGUCUCUAUGCUUGGGAAUCUUUCUUCUAGCAUUGGAUAUGAAUAUUAUCGCUGUUGCAAUUCCCAGGAUUACAUCUGAUUUUCAUGCGUUGAAUGAUGUGGCCUGGUAUGGUUCAGCAUAUCUUCUUACCGUUACCGCAUUCCAACCUUUGUUUGGUAACCUGUACAAAUACUUCGAUCCUAAGAUCGUUUAUAUGGGAUCAAUAGCCUUAUUUGAAUCCCCUUCCUCCAGUGUUCUCAUCGGAGGCCGAUCUGUUCUUGGUUUCGGGGCAGCGGGAAUCUACCAGGGAAGUUUGGCCAUCGUCAACUUUGUGGUAGAGCUCGAAAAGAGACCUAUGUACCAAGGCAUUGUUAUCAGUUCUUUUGCUAUUAGCGUGUGUAUUGGCCCUGUGCUUGGUGGUGUCUUCACUGACAAAGCCUCCUGGAGAUGGUGCUUUUGGAUUAAUGUACCUAUGGGCGCUGUUGUACUUGUCUUCAUCGUACUAUUCUUUCGGAUUAAAGGCGUACGAAACUCGAACCGUGCCUUAGAUCUUCCAACAAAAUUGAAGCGUAUGGAUAUUGGCGGAGUCCUACUAUUUCUCGGAGCUAUAUAUUGCCUUCUCCUAGCAUUACAAUGGGGUGGGCAGACCUCUGCCUUGGAAAUCAUCAAAAGUUAUUGGAUUAUUUGUUGGCUUUGGCUUACUCAUAAUAUCCUUCGGCAUCCUGCAAUGGAAACGAGGCGAACAUGCCACAAUUCCCUUGCGUAUCCUCCGACAAAGAUCAAUCCUGAUGGGCAGUAUAUUCCUCAUGACAUUUGGCAUGAUGAGUUUUGUCUAUGCUUAUUAUCUACCCAUUUACUUUCAAUCCAUUCAAGGCGUCACAGCAAUCCAAAGUGGCACUCGAUUCAUCGCGAUAGUCCUUCCUCAAAUCAUUGGCCUGUCACUUACUGGAGUUGUGGUUACAAAAUGGGGGAUACUACGUUCCAUAUAUGA